AUGGCACGAAUCACCAUCACGCGAAAGGCUGAUACGUCGAAUGUCAGGAUUGUUGGUCUGGCUAUAGCGGCACAGCUCUCUCGAAUCCACGACAUCACUGUCAUCGCUAAAAACCUUCCUGGCGAUGAUCCGACCCUUGAAUGGGCUAGUCCUUGGGCAGGUGCUAAUUUUGUAGCAGGCUACUGCAGUUCACCGCGCGACAGGAAGAUGCAACGUGAUACUUUCAUCGAGCUCUGGAGGUUGGCCAACCGAUUUCCAGAGUCCAGUGUUAAAAGGAUUUCGAUGGAAGAGUUCUUCGACGAAGAGCGGACAGAAGAUGACCUUUGGUUCAAGGACUUUGUGCCAGACUUCCGCUUACUUGAAAAAGAUGAGUUGCCGGAAGGAGCAAAGGGUGGAAUUACUUACACAACUAUCGUGCUCAACCCAAACGUCUUUCUCCCUUGGAUGCUGAGUACUCUUGAGAGAUCAGGCAUCAGGUUCAAGAGGCUUGAUCUCCAUGCAUUAUCGGAUGCGCGCCACCUCGGCCACGAUGUUCUUAUCAACGCAACUGGCCUGGGACCUAGGCGUCUGGUUGAUGUUCAGGAUCCGGAUAUGCUGUUCCUGAAGGGACAAAUUAUUCUGGUAAAGAGUGAUUACAAGAAGUGUUUUAUGCGUGACGAUGGAAAGGACUACACAUAUGUCAUUCCUCGACUUGACGGGACGGUGAUUAUGGGAGGUAUUAGGGACCCAGAUAUCAGCAAUACGAGAGUAGACCUGGAAAUCGAUCAGGACAUUAUUAAGAGAGUUAAUAAAAGCCUACCUGCACACUUCUCUUCAGACCCAGCUGACUACGACGUCAUUGGGCAUAAUGUUGGUAUUCGCCCCUACAGAUCAACGGGAAUGCGCAUUGAGAAAGAGAUUAAAGACGGCCAAAAUAUCGUUCACGCUUAUGGCAAGUCGUAUGUAUCCACAUAA